UUCGGCGGUGCACGCUGAUAUGGCUGCGCUGGUAGUGAGACGAGUUCGGGACGUGCUGAAGCGUGCACACUUCGCGACCAUCCCGCGGAGACAUCGACAUAAGAAGAAAUGGGCUGCCACAGAGCCCAAAUUUCCUGCCACUCAACUGGCUCUGCAGAAUUUUGACAUGACUUACAGUGUGCAAUUUGGUGAUCUCUGGCCAUCCAUCCGGGUCAGUCUCCUUUCAGAGCAGAAGUAUGGUGCACUGGUCAAUAACUUUGCUGCCUGGGAUCAUGUGAGUGGUGAGCUGGAGCAACUGAGGGCCAGGGACUUUGUGAAGGAAGCCAUUUCCCACGGGGAACUGGAGCCCGAGGGUGGCCAGACUCCAACUCCAACUCCAGCCUCCGGGGCCUACAGCCCGAACCUUCGAUGCUUCACUUUUGCCAGAGGGGAUGUCAGUCGGUUCCCUCCUGCCAGGCUUGGCAGCCUGGGUGUCAUGGACUACUACCUGAUGGAUGCUGCUUCCUUGCUGCCUGUCCUGGCCCUUGGCCUGCAGCCUGGCGACACUGUGCUUGACUUAUGUGCAGCGCCCGGGGGAAAGACACUAGCACUGCUUCAGACUGGCUGCUGCUGCAAUCUUGCUGCCAAUGAUGUGUCCACUUCUCGAACAGGCAGACUACAGAGGGUCCUUCACAGCUAUGUGCCUCAAGAUAUCAGGGAUAGAAAUCGAGUUCGAGUCACCUCAUGGGAUGGCAGGAAGUGGGGAGAACUGGAGGGGGACACCUAUGACCGGGUGCUGGUGGAUGUGCCCUGUACCACAGACCGCCACUCCCUUCACGCGGAGGAGAACAACAUCUUUCAGCGGUCGAGGAAGAAGGAGCGGCAGAUGUUGCCUAUGCUUCAGGUGCAACUGCUCGCGGCUGGACUCCUUGCCACCAAACCAGGAGGCCAUGUUGUCUAUUCCACCUGCUCACUCUCACACUUACAGAACGAGUAUGUGGUGCAAGGCACCAUCGAGUUCCUGGCCAAUCAAUACAGCAUCAAGGUUCAGGUGGAAGACCUGACUCACUUCCGAAAGCUUUUCAUGGACACAUUUUCUUUCUUCCCAUCCUGCCAGGUUGGGGAGCUGGUAAUCCCAAACCUCUUGGCCAAUUUUGGGCCUAUGUACUUUUGCAAAAUGUGUAGGCUGACAUAGCAUCACCCUGUUCCCGAAGUCCUGGUGUAGGAGGGUGAAGGGUAUACUCCCGUGGAGGCACCAGAAAC